AUGAUUUUACCACAAAUAAAACAUCAAAUACCAUUUAUUUGUUUUUCAUUCAUUGGUUUCAUAUUAAAUUUUAUUUCAUUAUUUGUAUUCUUAUUUGGUGGUGAUUUAAUUAUUCGUUCACGAAUUCAUCAAUCCAAACAACAUGAUAAAAUUCUAUUAGAUAAUGAAUAUUCCAAUAUAUCUAAAUGUACAAUUAUACAAUCAACAAGAUCACGACAUCGUAAACGUACACAAAGUUCAUUUAUGAUUAGUUUAAUAUUUUUAUGUGGAUGUGAAGUGAUUUUUAAUUUAGGUGCAUUUAUAUUUAAAUUAAUUCAAGUAUUAUCAUCAUAUUUUAUUCAUCAAAUUCCAAUGGAUAAAUCAAAUCAUAUACCACCUGAUAUGACUUUAAUUAUAUUACCAGUUAUACAAAAUAUUUUAAUGUUUAUUGCUGAAGUAGGUCUUUUUUCUCGUAAUUGGUGUGUAUGUUUAAUUACAGCAGCUCGAGCUGAAGUAGUUAUUUGGCCAAUUGGUUCACGUCCAUGGCAAAGAAUUUUAAGAAAUCCACGAAAAUUUAUUCAAAUAUUUAUUCUAUUAUUAUUUAUAUCAAUUAUAAUAGCUGGUUUAAAACAUACAGAUUAUAUUUCAUUAUUAUGUUACGAUCCAAUUAACCAUCAAUAUGGGAUGUGGUCACAAGAAUAUAUGUUUACACAUAAAUCAUUCUCACUUUAUAUGAGUUUUAUUGUUUUACCAUAUCGUGCAGUAAUUACUUGGAUUCUUAUCAUAUUAUUUACAAUCAUGAUUAUUAUUAGAUUACGUCCAUGGAGAAAAGAAUCAUCAUUAUUACAAAUAUCUCAAUCGAAAUCAUUAGAUGAUAUACCAAUGACAAAUGAAAAUCCACAACAUGAUGCUAUACGUAAACGUCAAAAAGGUCAAAUGAAAGCGACACGUGUUGUAUUAAUGGUUGCUUUAGCAUUUGGUUUAUUAGAAUGUAUGAAUUUUAUGAUAUCAUUAUGUCAAACAUUUAAUUUACUUGAUAAUAAUCAUUUAAGUCGUUUACUUGAAACAAUUGGCAAUACAUUAAUCACUAUUGAUUCAAUAUGUAAUUUCUUUGUAUUUAUUUCAUUAAUGUCUUAUUUUCGUAUAAUAUUUUUACAAAUAUUCUGUUGUAAAACAUUCAAUAAUCAACAAAAUAUUCCAACCAAUAGUACUUCAUAUACUUCGGUAAAUCAUUCAAUAACUGGGUCAUAGUUAUCCUAUGGAGAAAUUAAAUACAAAGGUGUAAUGUUUUUUUAAAAAAAUAUUUUUAUUCUUACUAAAAGAGAAAACGAAAAGAGAAACAGAAAAAGAAAACGGAAAAAAGAAAUAAUCGUAAAGGAAAAAGAAGUUUGUAAAUAUUAUUGUUUUAAUCAAUUGAAUUGAUUAUAUAAACCUAUCCGUGUGUAUCUUUGUUAUAUUUUCUUUUCUUUUAUAAAUACUACUUAUUAGUCUUAUAACCUAUUCAGGUGUGUUUCUGAAAAGCUUACGUAAUUUCGCUAUACAAGUUGCAAACGAGCUCAAUCAGAGGUAUCAUGGUUGCUGGCUAUAUUCAUUAAAACGAAUGAACAUUGUUCGGAUGUCAACUUCUGUAAUGAUAUAAUAUCUAACUGGCGAUCACUCAAUAUUUAUGGUCAAUAUCGACUAAAAAAAUAUAAGAAAAGGAAACCUGUUGAAAUACUAUGUGCAGAGAAUUCUAUAUUAUACCAAAAAUAUAAUAUUGAAUAAAGUCAAUAAUAAUAACAAUAAUACUACUAAUAAUUAUUAUUAGCUUGUAAUGGACCAAAAAAAUGAAUCACCCUCAACUAUUUAAACUUUAAUGUGAUUGAUUAAGUUUCGUCCAGUAAUUUGUUUCACUCAUCAGGCCUAAGUAAAUGAAUAAAUUUUUAUUUCCUUCUCAAAAGAGGAAAUGUAAUUAUUUUAAUUAUAUUUAAUAUAAAUUGAAUUGAUUGUAUUCAUUUUGACAAUUGUGUGUGUAUUGUAUCUUCGAAUUAAUUUUUGUAAAAUAUGAAUGAACUUCAUUGUCUCUAUGUACAAUUCAUCAGGUAUAGUUCCUUUUAUUUGUUUAUCUGUUUGUAAAAUAAGUAGUAUGUGAUGUUGCUCUUUUAUUUUAAAAUAGAAGUUUUACUAAUUACAGUUAAACAUUCCAUUUCUUUAUAGUCAAUUCAUAAAGUGUC